AAUUAUAAUUAAAAAAAAAGCAACUGCUAUUAAAACUGAAAACACUGAAAUGUGAAAUUGUUUAAGCACAUGUUGGAGACAGAGGCUAGGAGCACUUGUUGUUAUAACUGUCAUAUUUUGUUCUUCUUUGCUAGCGUUACCUAAACUACCGUGGCAGCUAGGUGAAAUACGUGGAAUGGCAUGGAGCCUUUAACUGGAUUGGAACGAAUCUAUGAUGAAGAUUACGAUUUUUGUGAUAGUGACGAUGAUUUUAUCCGAGGAAGCGAUUCGGAGGCCGAAGACGAACGAGCUGAUGAUUUCGAAAUGGAAAUGCAGGCUGAACUCACUAGAAAGAUGGCUCGUCGGAGAGAACAACAAAUGGGCGACAGUUCAUCUAGGAUAUAUCAUCAGGUCACUGAAAACCUUUUUAAAAACGAAGAAGUCAACGUCGAUGCUAGGAAGGACAACGACGACGACGACGAAGACGAGGACGCGGACCCCUUAUACGAUCCUUUUCUGGAUGACGAAGACGAACGAUGGGUUGAUGAACGUCGACGGCAAAAUAUUCAGGCCCAUCUGCACGGAGGUCAGCAGAACCGAAGUCUCAUUUCAAAAACUCGUCAAACAGACGUUGAAGCGGCCCCCUUACGACAAAGUGAUGCUGUCCUGAACUGUCCUGCCUGUAUGACUCUGCUCUGUCGGGAUUGCCAACGACACGCGGUGUACAGAAAUCAGUAUCGCGCUAUGUUUGUAGAGAACUGCCGCACCGAUGAGAACAUAAAGCUCUCAUGUCCCUUAAAAAGGUACGUGGGAGAAUGUUCGGAAAGAAGUAAAAAGCGCCGAAGGUUAGAUUUGGGUGCUACCGCCUCGAGAGCCGCUAAAAGUUACGCUGAUACACAAGAGGAGUACCAUCCAACGGAACAGGCAACGGACGAUACCCCUCAAUCGGAUUUAUUUCAUCCAGUUUUUUGCGACAACUGUAAUACUCAGGUAGCCGUUAUGGGCGCACAGGAUGAAGUGUAUCACUUCUACAAUAUUCUAACGAGCCAUUAAUAAACAAUGGGUCGUGUAUAAUGCUCGAGGUGAUUCAUUUUUCGUUAAUGAUCAGCGUAAUCUAAAGUAGCUAUGUAUAUACUUCAAAAUAAAACUAUAUUCGUUGAGCUCCA